GCGCCCACGAAAGAAGCACUUUGGUGAUAAGGGAAAACCGUUUAAUUUGAUCAAUCUUAUGUCGCUGGUGCGUCUCGGGCCGCUCGUCGAACAGCAGAAGCAGCACUAGCACGGGAGAUCUGUCAGUCGGAACGCGAAAAUAUCAACACAUAAGAAUAGGAACAAAAAACACCGUCCAGGGGAAAGGCACACCGAUACACGGCAGUAGCAGCGAAAGAUAAUGCCACAAACACCGAUAAACUCUGUGGACGAGCAGGAUAAACUGCUGAAUGAAGCGGUGACGGUGGUACGGGCACAGUCCUUCCAGAUGAAGCGGUUCCUAGACAAGGACCGGCUAAUGGAGGCGAUGCGUUGUGCCUCGACAAUGUUGGGGGAGCUGCGGACCUCACUGUUGUCGCCCAAAAGCUACUAUGAGCUGUACAUGGCCAUAACGGACGAGCUGCGACACUUCGAGCACUACCUGCUGGACGAGUUUCAGAAGGGCCGCAAGGUGCCGGAUCUCUACGAGCACGUGCAGUACGCGGGAAACAUCGUCCCCCGACUGUACCUGCUCAUCACCGUCGGGUUGGUGUACAUUAAGACGAACAGUUCGCUCAAACGCAGCAUCUUGAAGGAUUUGGUCGAAAUGUGUCGCGGCGUGCAGCAUCCACUGCGGGGCCUUUUCCUGCGCAACUAUCUUCUGCAGUGCACACGCAACAUUCUCCCCGACACGACGCUGGUGGGCGCUUCGGGUGACGAGAACGAGGGCACCGUGAUCGAUGCCAUCGACUUUGUGCUGACCAACUUUGCCGAGAUGAACAAGCUGUGGGUACGGAUCCAGCAUCAGGGCCACUCGAGCGAGCGCGCCCGACGGGAGAAGGAACGUGAGGAAUUGAAAAUCCUGGUCGGCACUAAUCUGGUGCGCUUGUCGCAGCUGGAAUCGGCCACGCUGGAGAUCUACCAGCGGCUCAUACUGCCGGGAAUAUUGGAGCAGGUUGUCAGCUGUCGGGAUGCGAUCGCUCAGGAGUAUCUGAUGGAGUGCAUCAUCCAAGUGUUUCCGGACGAGUUUCAUCUGCAAACGCUCGACCCGUUCCUCAAAUCGUGCGCCCAGCUGCAGCCGGGUGUGAACGUGAAGAAUAUCAUCAUUUCGCUGAUCGAUCGGCUCGCGUUGUACAACCAGCGCAACGGGAAGAUCACGCAAACGUCCACGGGGGCGACCGAGGUCAUAUCCGCCAUUCCGGCCGAGGUGCAGCUGUUCGAGGUGUUCAGUACACAGAUUGCCAACAUCGUCCAGCUGCGCACAGACCUGCCGAUGGAGGACACGGUCUCGCUGCAGGUGGCCCUCGUUAGUCUCGCGCAGAAAGUGUACCCAGACCGGGUGGACUACGUGGACAAGGUGUUGGAGACAACUACUCAAAUAUUGGAGCGACUUAAACUCUCCAACAUUUCACACUCGCUUUCGGUGAAUCAGGAACUUUCUCGAUUACUGCGCCUGUGUGUGGACUUCUACAACAACAUCCUGACGAUACUCGAGCUCAAGUUCUUCACUCCCUUGCUGGAAAAGUUCGAUUACACUUCGCGCAAAGCGUUGGCCCUGUACAUUGUGAUGAACAUUCUCGAGAAUGAAACGCUCAUUCCGAUGGCGGAGCAGGUGGACAGCGUGCUCACGAUCAUCUCGCCGCUGAUCCGCGACCAGGACGAUCAGCCGGCGGACGUGCGCGUCAACAUGGAGGACUUUGCCGAAGAUCAGGGCAUCGUCGGACGGUUCGUGCAUCUGCUCCGCUCGGACGAUCCCGACACGCAGUACAAAAUACUGAUCGCCGCUCGGAAACACUUUGGCAUGGGUGGCCAGCAGCGCAUACGGUACGUGCUGCCACCGCUCGUCUUUCAGGCGUACCAGCUGGCGUACAAGUACAAAUCGAUCGUCGCCGAGGACGAAAUGUGGGACAAAAAGUGUCAGAAGAUUUUGCAGUUCUGCCACAGCACGAUCGCGGUGCUGGCAAAGUCCGAGUUGCCCGAGUUGGCGUUGCGGUUGUAUCUGCAGGGUGCGCUGUGCAUUGGCCACAUCGCUUACACCAAUCACGAGGCGGUCGCUUACGACUUUAUGACGCAGGCCUUCUCGCUAUAUGAGGACGAAAUUUCCGACUCGAAAUCACAGUUUGCUGCCAUCACGCUCAUCAUAUCAACUGUCGAGCAGAUGACCUGCUUCUCGGAGGAAAACGCUGAACCACUGCGAACAAGCUGCGCAUUGGCCGCAUCGAAGCUGCUGAAGAAGCCCGACCAAUGUCGCGCCGUCGUCACGUGCGCAAGCUUAUUCUGGAGCGGAAAACAAAACGGGCAGGAGCUUCGAGAUGAAAAGCGCACGCUGGAGUGUUUGAAGAAGGCGGCAAAAAUUGCAUCCCAAUGCUUGGAUGUCGGUGUUCAGCUGCAGCUGUACGUGGAACUGCUGAACCAUUAUUUGUUCUAUUUCACCCGUGGUAAUACCCAGAUCACCAUUUCGAUGCUCAAUCAGUUGAUUGCGAAAAUCAACGAAGAGCUUCCCAAUCUCGAGCCCACGGAGGAGACGAAGCAGGUGGAGAUGCACUAUCAGAACACGCUGGCCCAUAUCCGCAGCCGGAUGGAAGCAACCGAUAAUACCGGCUUGGAGGCAUCGUUUGCUGGCAUUGCUCUGAAUUAAGGUAUGAUUCGUUGCAUAGGAAGGGUGUUAGCUCCUGCUAUGCUAUCAUUGGACGUUGGAGUGUGGUCGCGUAUGGUAUAAUUCGUAUAGGGCGAAGUAGCGUUAAUAGUAACUUUACAGAUACUACAAUCAGUUAAACAGCAAUAAAGCAACAUAGAGCGCAUGGUAUAAUCGUAAAAGUAAAUUCAUGAUUUCAAUUGCUUCGGAUGCAUAUCACAGUUAUCUCUCAUAACUUCAUUCAGACUUUCAAACUUUCCCAUAAGUUUUGAUUAAGUUUUUACUUUCCUUAAAGUGCUCGAACAGUUGGUUGAUACAUCUAAGGUUUUUAUUUUAGAAACAGCAAGAAAAAACUGUUAUUUAUUUAUCUUGUUGAGAAAAAUACUGUUUUGCUUUCGCUGCUGGACCCAAUUUUUUGUUUACACUUCGCUUG